AUGACUUCCAGAAAGAGAAAUCAUAGAGAGGACGAGGUAGAAGAAGAGGAAGAGGAAGAGGAAGAAUUUGAAGUUAACGGACUAAUCGAUGCUGAUGAAAGCGGCAGUGAAAGCGAAGUUGAGAAGAAAAACGAAGAUAAAGAUUUCGAUGACGAUGAAAAAAACGCUCCAGAAUCAGAUGACUCGGAUGCAGAACUUGACAGGCUUUUGAGAGAGGAGGAUGAAGAAGAAAAGGAAUCAGAGGAUGGUAAUUCUAGCGAUUUUGAGGAUGCAGUCGAGGAUACACGUUCUAUUACAGACAAGCUAUCAGGAAUGAAGCUAAGGACAUUAUCUAGUGGCUCGUUAAACUCGAUCGGGGAAAGAAAGGGAAAAUGGGCAGAUGGAAACAGCCGUAUAUUGAAACCAGAUAUUGAACCGGUUUAUGAUUCGGAUGAUUCGGAUGGCGAGCAGUAUAACACUGUGGGAAACAUACCGCUUUCAAUUUACGAUGAAUAUCCUCAUAUUGGAUAUGAUAUCAACGGUAAGAGAAUUAUGAGACCUGCCAAAGGCUCAGCAUUGGAGCAGCUUUUGGAGAGUAUCGAUAUUCCUGAAGGAUGGACGGGAUUGUUGGACAAAAACUCUGGUAAGGCAUUGAAUUUGACCGAAGAAGAACUUGAAUUAAUUCAGAAGAUAGAGAAGAACGAAAAUCCAAACGAUAGAAUUGACCCGUAUGCUCCAACUAUUGAAUGGUUUACCAGUGAAGUGGAAGUAAUGCCAUUGAUGGCCACACCAGAACCUAAGAGACGGUUUGUUCCAUCCAAACACGAGGCCAAGAGAAUCAUGAAGAUCGUCAAGGCCAUAAGAGAGGGAAGAAUCGUUCCUCCGAGCCAAAAAAUCAAACAGGAGGAGGAGGAAGCUGAAAUGGAUUAUGAUCUUUGGGAAGGGGUUGAUGACGAGAUCUCUAAGGAUCAUAUCAUGACACUUAGAGCUCCUAAAUUGGCACCUCCAACUAACGAGGAGAGUUAUAAUCCUCCGGAAGAGUAUUUGCCUACUGAAGCUGAAAAGAAACAGUGGGAAGAGACUGAUCCUAUAGACAGAGAGCGCGGCUUCCUUCCAGAGAAAUAUGGUGCUCUCAGAAAGGUUCCUGGAUACAGCGAGGCCAUCAGAGAGAGAUUUGAAAGGUGUUUGGACUUGUAUUUGGCACCAAGAGUGAGGAAGAAUAAGUUGAACAUCGACCCAGAAUCUCUUAUUCCACAGUUGCCAUCUCCUAAGGAUUUAAGGCCUUUCCCAAUACGCACAUCUACGAUAUAUGAAGGACACACAGGACGAAUAAGAGCGUUGGCCAUCGACCCUUCGGGAAACUGGUUGGCUACCGGAUCCGAUGACGGUACUGUGAGAAUAUGGGAAGUGUUAACAGGUAGAGAAGUGUUUAAGAUCAUAAUUAUUGAAGAUGUGAAGGAGAACUCUGAAGAUCACAUUGAAGCCUUGGCUUGGAAUCCUCUUUCAGAUAUCAGAUUGUUAGCUAUAGCUUGCGGUAGCAGUGUCUAUUUGGUGGUUCCACCUAUCUUUGGAUAUCAACUUGAAAAUAUGAGUAAGCUCAAGAUUGAAAACGGUUGGGGAUAUGCCAAAACUGGUAGUGAUAAGACCAAGAUGGAUGUUAAUGAAGAGGACAAUGACAAAGUGGCAACAAAGGCGGAGGCUGCCAAAUGGCUCAAACCUACCGUAUCACAGUCUGCACGUGACAUUGCCUGUGUGAUAGUCACCUCCAGAGGUAGCGGCAGUACGUCUAGCUCUGCCAUCAAAAAGAUUUCGUGGCAUCACCGUGGUGAUUACUUUGUUUCAGUUUCACCAGAGGGUGGAAACAAGGCUUCUGUGCUCAUCCAUCAAUUAUCGAAGCACGCAUCUCAGUCACCAUUUAGAAAAUCGAAGGGCAUCAUUAUGGAUGCACAAUUCCAUCCUACUAAGCCUAGUCUAGUAGUGAUGUCGCAGAGAUACAUUAGAAUUUACGAUCUCCAGCAACAGAAGCUGGAAAAGAAGUUGCUUCCGGGUGCAAGAUGGCUUUCUUGCAUGGAUAUUCAUCCUAGAGGAGGCGAUCACAUCAUUGCUGGUUCUUACGAUAAACGAGUUCUCUGGCAUGAUCUGGAUUUGAGUAACACGCCUUACAAGACGCUCAGAUACCACGAAAAGGCAGUGAGAUCGGUGUCGUUCCACAAAGGAGGCCUGCCACUAUUUUGCUCAGCUUCCGAUGAUGGUUCCAUCCACGUGUUCCAUGCUACCAUCUACGAUGACUUGAUGAGCAAUCCAUUACUAGUUCCACUCAAGAAGUUGACUGGACAUAAGGUGAUCAACUCGCUUGGUGUCUUGGAUGUGUGCUGGCAUCCCAAGGAAGCCUGGCUAUUUUCCGCUGGUGCUGACUCUACUGCCAGAUUGUGGACUAGUUAA